GGGGCCCUGCGGCCGGCACACGGCCGUGCGGCGCCUCGGCGCGAUGCCGCCGGCGCGCCUCUUCCUCGCCCUUUGCUUCUGGAGGCUGGUGCCGCGCCGGGAGGCCGCAGGAACAGAUGAAGUGGUCUUUGGGCAGGUGGGAGGAAGCAUCCUCCUCUUAUGCCGCAACGUGUCCAAGGAAGCCGCCGAGGUGGUCUGGUUCCAGGGGGAUCCGCACUCCUUCCCUCCUCUCUUCUCCUCGAGGGUCUCCUUCCCCCCCGACGUCCGCUUUUCCCUGGUGGACAACAGCUCCCUGAGCAUCACGGAGCUGCGUGCGCAGGACGAGGGCAACUACACCUGCAGGGAAGUGCUGAACAAGACGGACCAUGAGCACAGGGUGCAGCUCCUGGUGGCCAAUCCACCACAGGCAACCCCAAAGUGCUGGGCUGAGAGCUCCUCAUCGGGGCUGAUGCUGCAGCUGUUCUGCAGCUGGCCCGGGGGGUACCCCCACCCCACCCUGCACUGGAGAGAAGAGGGGCAGGAUUUGGAGAACUCCAGCUGGGUCAUCAGCUCCACCAGCUCCUCAGACACCCACGUGGAGACACUGAACAGCUCCCAGCUCUCCCACCGAAAAGUCUUCAAGUGUGUGGGCAGCCACGUGGUGAAGCAGGAGCAGCCUGCCUGCACUGUGGAGAUAAAACUCCCUUCCCUGGAAUCGGAGCCCCCACAGACCUGCUUUGUGGGUGACAGUGUGACCCUGACCUGCCGGGUGACCGAGAGCACCCCGGCAGCUCGGCUCAGCUGGCUCCGGGACAUCACCCAGCCCGAGGUGGAGAUCCAGCCUGGGGGGAGGUUUCUCAUCGCCCAGGAGGGCAACGUGUCCCGGCUCACCAUCCAGAACUGCUCCCAGGGCACUGAUGGCGGCUGCUACGUCUGCAAGGCCCAGAACCCCGUGGGGCUCAGGGAGCUCUUCGUCUGCCUCACGGUGAAGCAGCCGGUGAACAUCGUUGGGGUCGUGGGUGCUGUGGUGGUCCUGUCCCUCCUGACUGUUCUCACCGUCACUGGGGUUGUGUUGUACUACAAUCCCCUCCUGUGCCUCAGAGGUGCUGCGUUCAGGAAUGCAGACUCAGGGGAUGUCUUAGUGCUGGUGGACUCUGAAGAUGACGAGGAGGGGAAGGGGAGCGAGGAGGCCCCGAGCAGCUGCAGCGAGCACGAGGCCAUGGCGCUGGUCGGUGGGAGCAGGGCCCAGGCUGCUCACCUGAACCACCUCACAGAAGGUGACGAUGACGAACUCCAUGGUGGGGUCUCUGCACAGGAAGUGAGAGAAGAGAGAGACACGAGGCUCAUAGCUUCUAUCCCUCCUUGAGGAAGCACACGGAGCUCCAGCUGGAAUCCAGCAUCAAGCAGGCCAUCACUGUGUGUGGCUGAGCACAGGCUGUCAGUGUCCUGGCCCAGGACACUUCAGGCAGAGCCUUCCCACCUCUCUCUCCACCUGCCCCUUCCACAGUUUCACUCCGUCCUUCUCCAGCCAUGUUUCUCCAUUUCUUCUCUCCUCUUCCAUUUCCCUCCUUAUCUUGGGUGUCCCUAAAACAAAGUGACACCCAACCCAGGCAGAGCAUGGGACCACCCCUUCAUUUCAAUGCCUGUGCUGGACUCAAAUUCCUGUGUGGGAUUCUGGCUCAGUCCCCAUGAGGAGCUCUGGGAUGGACAAAGUCACCACGGGGCCACAGUGGUCCUGUGACAAGGGAAGAAACAAGGGCUGUGUGGGCAGGACAUGGCUGACACUGGGGAGGCUGAAUGAAUGACUGACAUGACUGGGGAGGCUGAAUUGUUUGUAUUAUAAAUAUUUUUCCCCUAUUC